UAUUUGCAAACAAACUGUAUGCGUAACAGCAGAAGUUAGUUUCAGUACCUUGGAGAGCAGCACUCUCAAAGCCGUAUUUUGAUAUUGUAUGACAUUAAAACGUACCCACUUAUGUAUUUAUUUAUUUACGAUAAAGACUCGUUUAGUGCUGACCUUUCACAAAAAAAUAGCGUCUAUUUACGUAAUCUGUCGUUUGAAGCACCUGUGAAAUGUCGCUUGUCUUAUUUGGUGCCUGGAAAAGAACACAAACUCAUGACGCAUCUCAGCUUAAAAUCAGACGUGGAUUUGCGCAACACAUUUACAUAAAGUCCCGCACGUCUGUAUAUAAAUUGCGGGGAUGUGGCCCCCACAGUCCUACAUCAAUUUUGCUCCUCGCUUGUUUAGAGUUGACAUCAGUAUUGACAUAACAUUAACUGGAUAUAUACAGUUUUCGAUGAAGUCGGACAGUAUAGCGCAGAAUGUUCCGCUGAGCGGCAGAAAGCGCAGUCUGAUUGAGGACGCGCGGCGCGACAGAGAGAGCGGCUCUUCAUCUCCGGGCCCCUCGCGCUGCGGAGACAGCUUCGUGUUUGAGGAGGAGAAGACGGGCAAAAUCACUCUCAACAUCCUCUUUGCUAUUAAAAAUGAGAAAAACGCCGGCUUCUUCAAGGCUGGCAAAGUCUUUGAGACUUUCGAAACCAAGCUCCUACACCUGGAGAGUCGAGCGAGCAGAAAGAGUAAGAAAAGCAGUGGAGAAGAUCUGGAGUUCUUCAUGAGGUGUGAAGUGCACUGCUCUGACACAGACAUUUUCAUCAACUCCUUAAAAAGAGUUGCAGAUGACGUGCGAAUAGUGCAGGAGGAAAAGAUGCCAUGGUUUCCAAAGAAGAUCUCUGACCUUGAUAAAUGCAAUCAUCUGAUAACAAAAUAUGACCCUGAUCUGGACCAGGAUCACCCUGGAUUCAGUGAUCCAGAAUACAGAAAACGAAGAGGAUUCAUUUCUGAAAUGGCUUUCAAUUAUAAGCACGGUGACCCUUUACCAGUAGUGGAAUACACUCCAGAAGAGAAUGCCACGUGGAGGGAGGUUUACAGGACUCUGAGGAGCCUUUACCCCAGUCACGCCUGCAGACAGUUUCUAGAAGCCCUCACUCAGCUGGAAAGUGAACGUCUGUAUGGAGAAGACCAGAUCCCUCAGCUCAGAGAGGUGUCUGCUUUUCUCAAAGAGAGAACAGGUUUUCAGUUGCGGCCGGUGGCAGGACUACUAUCUGCUCGGGAUUUUCUCGCCAGUUUAGCGUUCCGGGUUUUCCAGUGCACCCAGUACAUUCGUCACCCUUCAGCCCCCAUGCAUUCCCCUGAACCAGAUUGCUGCCAUGAACUACUCGGACAUAUUCCUAUGCUUGCAGACCAAGAAUUUGCUCAGUUUUCACAGGAGAUUGGACUGGUCUCGCUUGGAGCAUCAGAUGAAGAUAUUGAAAAACUGUCUACACUGUACUGGUUUACUGUAGAGUUUGGUCUCUGUAAACAAAAUGGAACAUUGAAGGCUUAUGGGGCUGGACUCCUGUCCUCCUAUGGAGAACUGUUGUAUGCCCUUUCUAACGAGCCCCAGUUCAAGCCAUUCGACCCAGCUGAGACUGCAGUUCAACCAUACCAAGAUCAGUCAUAUCAACCAGUUUACUUUGUGUCCGAGAGCUUCGAGGAUGCCAAACAGAAGCUGAGGCGAUAUUCAUCCACAAUACAGACACCUUUCUCCAUAAGAUAUGACCCCUACACUUGCAGCAUGGAGGUUCUAGAUGAGCCUUCCAAGAUCCAGAAUGCUUUGGGGCAGAUGAGGGAUGACCUGAAGAUCUUGCAUAAAGCCUUGGGGAGACUGGGACAGAAAUAAACCAGAAUGAGAGAUCAGUCAUCAAGAACGGCUACCUGUUUAAGGAAGCCUUUUCUGUGUGAAUAUGAAUUUUGCAGAUUAUACAUGAGGUCUGGGGUUGAAAUGCGUACAUGUGUGACUCUGAGAUGUA